AGCCAACAUACACUCAUUAUUAGCGGCUCAUGGUAUAGAGAGCCGCAUGCCAACUCGCGUUUCUGAUGUCAAAUCCUUUCAAGCGAACAAUUGGAAAUUUACCGCGCAGGACAACAACUUUGAUUGAGUGAGCAGGGAAUUGAAGUAAUCGAGGUCUGUGGUUGCCAACUUAAUGGUAGCCAUGGUUUCAAGAGCACGCAUUUUUAUCUCUCUCUCUCUCUCUCUCUCUUGUUAAAAUAAUCACUCACAUUAAUCAUUGGCUGUUUAAGCUGGAAUAGAACCUCACAAUGGCCUUCAUGCCGAAAAUUUGCUUUGCUGAUUUGUUUACUCACGUCUGGAUAAUUAGAGGUCGCAAGCAAAACCGGCGAGUUGUAGUCAUUUCCCAACCUUCAAAGGGACAUUAUUUCAGCUUAUUUGACACUCAUCUUUUCAAAGUGAAAUUUCUCCCUGUAACUAUGGUAACGGUCGUGCAAACAUCCUGUCGAGUAAAUAGUGGGUAAUAAGCCUUUCAUUUGGCGUUAACUCAAUAUAUUUUCUUCUCAUUAACAUUUGUAAAAGGACUGCACUUGUCAACGUUGCUUCGCAACUCUCCAGCAACGAGUUUAAUAGAUUACUCCCUCCCAGCGCCUACCACAUACCUUGUUCCUAUAUAGAAUCUAGGCUAUUGCCUCUAACGCAGCUCAGCAGCUUUCAAACGAUUUAAACACCAUUCAUGGUAUCAGUCGGAGUGUUAGUCCUGAAAUACACGUCGCUUCACUGUUAUAGAGAAAAAGCAGCAUUUGAAGGAAACAUGUUUUGGCAGUCAGUUGUUGCUUUCUUCGCGUGUGCGCUGUGCACUUGGCAGACAUCUGCCGGUGAUGCUUGUCUUAGGUCGGCGACCUUCAGGUUUACCGAGGACCACGCCCUGCUGGGUCACACGGUGGAGGAAAUAGCAGGCGUCUCUGCCGUCAUGUGCCUGGCUCUUUGCCUGAGCUGGGGCGGCCUUUGUCGCUCCAUGAACUACAACCACACUGGUACGAUCUGCCAGAUGAACGGCGCGACGAAGGAAGUAUGUACGGGCGGUUUUCAGUUGAAGCCCGGCGUCGCUUACCUCGAUGUCAGCUCUGCGUUAGACAUGAACUUACGGUGUCCUAAGACUUUCAAAGUAUUAGAGUACACCAGUUCACGGACACCCUCGACCAGCACAUGGACACAGCAACUCGACUCGCAGGGGUCUGAGGUCACCACUAUGGAGCUAGCAACAGUUAAACAGGAGCCAAACGUUGAGCCGGGACCUACUACCCAAGAUCAAGACUCUAACCGAGGACCUACUACCCAAUAUCAAGAGUCUAAACAGGGAACUCCUACCCAAGAACAAAACUCUCAACCGGAGCCUUCUACCCAAGGUCAAGACUCUAAUCGAGGACCUACUACCCAAAGCCAACACUCCAAACAAGAAACUCCUACUCAAGAACAAGGCUCUCUACUGGGACCUACCACCCAAGAUCAAGACUCUAAUCGAGGACCUACUACCCAAGGCCAAGACUCUAAACAGGGAACUCCUACCCAAGAACAAGACUCUCAACCGGAGCCUACUGCCCAAGGUCAAGACUCUAAUCGAGGACCUACUACCCAAAGCCAAGACUCCAAACAAGAAACUCCUACUCAACAACAAGGCUCUCUACUGGGACCUACCACCCAAGAUCAAGACUCUAACCGAGGACCUACUACCCAAGACCAAGACUCUAAACAGGAAACUUCUACCCAAGAACAAGACGUUGAAUUGGAGGUCACUACUCAGCAGGAACCAGACAUAGAAAUGACAACAUCGGUGCCUGCGGGCUGUAACGUGAACACCGAGGCACCGAUGGGGAUGGCAAGUGGUCUGAUAGCAGAUAACAAGAUCACCGCAUCCAGUGAUGAUAUACCACCAAGGUUGAGCCGAAUCAACCAAUCCGGCUGGUGUGCUUCGUUUGGCGACCGAGACAGAUGGGUUCAGGUUGACUUCGGAAGCAGUGUUUCCCUGACAGGAGUAAAGUCUUGGGGCGUAGAGUAUUCAGAGGUCCAAACCUACCAGGUAUUAUUUGGCAACGAUAACAUCGCCUGGACUGAAGUGCGAAACGGGGCCGGCCCGGACUCUAAAACAACCUUCCCCGGUCGACCAUAUGAAGAGGGAAUAACGACCUCCCACUUUCCGACGGCUGUUCACACAAGGUACAUCCGCAUUCGUCUGGUGGAGUUGGCCGGCAGCAUGGCUUGCUUUCGAUUUGAACUGCUCGGGUGUCGCUCAGAUUCCCCUUCAAAUAAAUCAAAAUAAAAAUCUCUUUCGUUUUUUUUUGCUGUGAAUUGCUAAUUGCACCAUGAAUGUUGAGUGCCAAUUGUAAGUAGAAUUGUAGAAUUGUCAUGUAAUACAUGAAAAUUUGAUAGUAAUUUGCAACUUUAAGAUGAUAAACACGUUUUCGUGUGAAAACUGCAUAUCGUCGUCCCAACGUUUUGUUCAUAUCGAAAGGAAUCUGUUAAAGAGUAAAAAGUAAAAACAAAAGUUGUGAUGAAACUGCAGUUUUAAAAUCAGGAAAUCCAGUUCAAUUGUGUGUAAGAUCAUGGGAACACUUUUUAGUGUUUAAACUAUUACAAGAGUGCCGGACUUUCCUUUCAGACCCUUGUCGACCACUCUCAGUUUGCAUAAAGAUUGUAUGGGCAACCAAAGUUUGCAGAAAAAAAUCGACCUUUGGCUCAUAUUCGUUCAAGUGUACAUUUGUCUCAUUAAUUUUAAAGUGUUUUUCUUCAUGAUUCAAGGGUAUGUAAGGCUGAUGUCAUGUAAUUAUAGAAGUAAUUAAGUCUUUCAUUUUAAAAAUACUAUGUUUUAGCUUAAAGAAUGUUCGAAGACAGCCUGCGCGCCAUGUCUGGCUUGUUCUGAGAUGAAAAAAGCGGUCUAAAACAUUUCAAAUCAACGUAACAUAGCCAGAAGCACUGGUGGCGGACGCGAGCCGGGGGCCGGUGGCCAGG